AACAAAACGGGAAAGAGAGGUUCUGUUUUGGAUCUCUUGAAAGUUUUCUUUUAUUAUAAUGUUAUAAAUAUAUUGUUUUCUGGUAAUAAUUUGAGCCACAAAAUGUAACAAAAAAUGAUCAUAUUACUUCAAAGCACGAAGAGACAAAAAUAUUUUAAAUAACGCAGGACUCUUAUGAAAUUUCCAAGUGAUAUUUUAAUCAUUACCUACAUUGUCUUAAUUUUGUAUAAAUCAUGGGCAAAACGAGUAAAGUUGUGAUAUGCGGUAUGAAGGGAGUUGGAAAAACAGCUAUCCUGGAGCAGCUAAUAUAUGGAAACGUAAAUGGAAAAUCUUCCUUUUAUCCUACCAUAGAAGACAUUUAUGUUGCUAAUAUCGAAACUGAUCGAGGGAGUAAGGAGAGGGUCUGCUUUUACGAUACAGCGGGGCUCGAACCACCAAUUACAGGCCCUCCUCAAUCUCCAACACUGCAACUGACCGCUAACCAAGUGCUCCAGAAGCACUACAUAGGCUUUGCAGAGGGAUUUGUCAUGGUGUACGACACUAAUAAGCCAGAAUCAUUGGAUGUGCUCAUGUACUUGAAGAAAGAUAUUGAUAGGAAUAAGGAUAAGAAAGAGGUGGUAAUGUUAGUAAUUGGCAAUAGAACAGGGCCAGACGACCCGAACAGCCUUGAGAAUACCUGCUCCAAAGCCGCGAACUGGUGCGCCCGCGAGAAAAUCCGCCAUUUUGAAGUCACCUCUAUGGACCGGCCGUCUCUAUACGAACCCUUCAUCUACAUGACGUCGCGACUCAAUCCGAUACAGAACAAGACAUCUUUCCCUCAAUUGAGCACACUGAGCAAACUCACGCAGAAGAAUAACAGAAGUGAUGCUAUGUAACGGUGCGUUUUUAAUCUAUGCCCUUUUUGCUAUCAAACAUAAAUCUCUAUCGAGCAAUAAGAGUCAAAAAUUGUGUCUCCAUGGUUUUUCAAUCAUCAUUUUCAGCCUAAAUCAACCCACUGCUGGGCUUCCAUUUUCCCGCCACUUUCUCCGUGUUUUUUUUUGCGUUUAGACCAGAAUGUAAGUAUUAAAGGUAUAUAUUUUUUAUAUAACACUUUUCAAAAUGUGAACCGAUUUCAAAAAGCUGUUGUCAACCAUUUUUAGGGUUCCUUACCCAAAAGGUAAAUCGGGACCCUAUUACUAAGAUUACGCUGUUUGUCCGCCUGUCACCAGGCUGAUCUCAUGAACCGAAUUAAUUGAAAUAUUCACAGAUAUAUUUCUGUAGCACACCACAGAAAAAAAAUAAAAACAAUCCUCGGGAUCGGCUUUGUUUCUUUUCUAUUUAAACCUUUGUGCCAAUUUUUGCGGAGGAAAGGGUUACAGCUUUGGCGUAUAUACAUUAAAAUCAUACCUGUAAUUACUGUACCACAUAUAUGUAAAAAGUUUGAACUGCCUCAUAAUGAGGAUAUGUCAAACAAUGACAGACUUAUUAACCUGCUUUUUGGAAUCGGUACACAUUUUGAAAAGUGCAAAAUUUACGAAACGGACAUUCCGUGUCCGACCCAUUGCCUCGUGUCUUUUAAAUUCUCCAUUGAAAUGUUUUUUUUUCUUCUCAUAACACAAUAGUUUUUUCUUCUAUUUAAUGUUUCCACUAAGGGCAGAUGAUCUCAAUCAACUAUACUACUAUUUGGGGGUCAGAUAAAUCUGCCCCCGGAUGUACGACACUGUUUUAGAUCUUUCCAUGAUUUUAACAUAUAUUUCUGGUUUUUAAAAAUUCAAUAAAUUAGGUUAAUUGGUUGGUAUUUUCUUUCUGUAUAUGUUUGUGAUUAAAUUAAAUAGUGAAAAUUUAUUUAAUGAUAAUAUAUGACAGUAUUUAAUUAUGUAAGUGUUUAUGACAAAGAGAAUCUCAGUAAAUAUCUAAAAUAAUUGUGUAUUAAAUUAUAGCUAAAUGUUAGACAGUCCAUAUGUAUUUAUUUAAAAAUGUCAUUGUUAGUUUUUAAGUAUUUUAAAAUAGAAAAAUUAUCUCUUAUUUUUAUGGUAUCUAUAUAUUCAUUGCUAAAACUUCAGCAUGCGAGUAUUUAUGAUAUAGGCCUUAUUUAUGCAUAUUUGAGUUGUAUUACUAUUAUACCAGUAUUUUUCUAACAUAAUUUUAUCAGCCCCACUUGUUUAAAUUAUUUGCUCAUCAUCGAAUAUAAGGGGCAUAGAUUAAGAUGUAUAAUAAAUAAUAAUGUAUUUUAAAAGUAAAAAA